UCGUGAGGCCGCGCCGGUGCCGCUGCCGGCAGCAGGGACCAACCUAUCUACAAGGAUUCUUGUGACUUGGAUAAGGAGGGAUGUGUGUGACAACAGCUGCUGAAUAUCUGCUGUGGGCCCAGCUGCCUCCUUGCUCACCUGCCAGGAAAUCUUCACUGAAUCCUCUGGAGGCUUGACUUUAUCUCCUUUCCCGUUGCUCUCMGUGUUGCUUGUCUUGCCUUCAUGAGCACCUUAUGUCAUGGUAACAGUCCCUGUGGGGAAGGCCAGUUGGACUCUGCUCCUUCCAGGGCCAUCGGAGCUAUCAGAAGGGCUUCCUGCCAGCUGCAAGUCACUCCUUCAGCCCUAGAGGCAUAUUGUCAAGAAAGUCAGAGAAUGCAUUGACUACGCUUUACUUUAUUACAAGUUUACAGGACAUUAAAACUUGGGAAAUGACUCUACAAAUGAUAAACCUGGUCUUAGAAGGCUAGAACUUCUGUGCAGAACAGCUGGAAUCAGUGAAGUAUUGGGACCACUGCUGAUUUGGCUGCAUCCUCCAACAUGACCAAUCCUCAGCCUGCAAUAGAAGGUGGUGUUUCGGAAGUUGAGAUAAUUUCACAACAAGUUGAAGAAGAGACCAAAAGCAUUGCUCCUGUACAACUUGUUAAUUUUGCUUAUCGAGAUCUACCCUUAGCUGCACUUGAUCUGUCUGUGGCUGGAUCCCAGCUUUUGUCAAAUUUGGAUGAGGAGUACCAAAGAGAAGGAUCUAACUGGCUAAAACCGUGCUGUGGGAGACGAGCAGCUGUGUGGCAGGUAUUUUUGCUCAGUGCAAGUCUCAACAGUUUCCUGGUAGCCUGUGUAGUAUUGGUGGUGAUUCUUCUGACUCUGGAGCUCCUAAUAGAUAUAAAGCUUCUCCAGUUUUCAAGUGCUUCACAGUUUGCAGGAAUAAUUCACUGGAUCAGCCUAGUCAUCCUGUCUGUUUUCUUUUCAGAGACUGUUUUGAGGAUUGUGGUCCUUGGCAUAUGGGAUUAUAUUGAAAACAAAAUAGAGGUGUUUGAUGGUGCUGUCAUAAUCUUGUCCUUGGCACCAAUGGUGGCCUCAACAGUGGCUAAUGGCCCCAGCAGCCCCUGGGAUGCUAUCAGCCUUAUUAUCACACUACGAAUAUGGAGAGUGAAGAGGAUCRUUGAUGCCUAUGUCCUUCCAGUGAAACUGGAGAUGGAGAUGAUGAUUCAGCAAUAUGAGAAGGCAAAGGUUAUUCAAGAUGAGCAGCUGGAAAGACUAACCCAGAUCUGCCAAGAACAAGGGUUCGAAAUCCGGCAGCUGCGGGCCCACCUUGCCCAGCAAGACCUGGACCUGGCUGCGGAGCGGGAGGCUGCGCUGCAAGUCCCCCAUCUCCUGAACAAGCAGAGCAGCAACAGGUACAAGGUGGUGGCAACUGAAGACUCGGAUGAUGAAGCCACCGAGAACAUCACUGAGCUACGACCGCCACCAGAGGACGACAUGAAUAAUUACAUCAGUCGCUACUACAAUGAGCCCAGCAGUGACAGCGCCGGUCCUGAAGCAGCCCUCUGUGUGGUCACCACAGCCGCAAUCGACAUCCACCGCCCCAACAUCUCCUCCGACCUCUUCACGGUGGAGGUGCCCGUGAGGCUGGGCAGCACCGGCACCUCGGCCAGCAUCACGUCGGGCAGCGCCUCCAGGUCGACGGGCAGCUCGGGCCCGCGGGCCCUCAGCGAGAGCAGCCAGACACUGGGCUCCUCCCCGGACUGCAGCACGGCCUGCGAGGAGGCACCGCCGGGCGAGCCCGGCCCCCAGGGCGACCUAGUGCCCACACRGCAGCGCGUGGCCCGCGCCGUGGUGCAGGAGCUGCUCUCGUCCCUCUCGGAGGACGCUUGCCUGGCGCAGAAAGGGCUGGAUCCCGUCAACCUGAAGCUGCCCAGCCCGGCGGGCUCGGCCGGGACCAGCCCAAACCUGGGCCACCGGCUCAGCRUGCUCAACCGGAGGAACCAGGAGARCUUGGACGUCUUCCAGCUCAAGCCUCUCAUCGAGUGCCCGCAGGGCAGCCCGGUCAUAGACGAGAAGUUCGGGGCGCUGGGGCCGCYGGAGCCGCGGUUGGGCAGGGUGCCCGAGGCGUAG